AUGCCAAUGGCCACGGCGAUGAAGUUGCGAUCAAGCUUACUGGAUCCUGCUCCUGGUGAUUGGAGCGAAGGAGGUGAUGUGGCAGACUGCCCAGGACUGCUGACAAAGUCCUUGCUCCCCGUACCAACAGGUCUCAGCGCGGCUGAGCUCUGUUGUUUUUGCUUCCAGGUGCUACGUGCGCACUUGGAGAGCUUGCCUCUUCCUAGCUUUCCACCUCUUGCGGAUCCCGGGUUCAAGGCUCCAUUGUUCGUAACGUGGCUGAAGCAACGCAAUAAUGCCAGGACGGGCUUGCAUGACUCCGAGCUGGAGCUGCGCGGUUGCAUCGGAUGCCUAGAGCCAAUCCACUUCCACAGCGGCCUCUCUGAGUAUGCCAUACGAAGUUCCAUGAAGGACCGACGGUUCCCGCCUGUCAAGCUAGACGAG